AUGCCUAAGUGUUUCUUAUGUGGUAAAGAAGUUUAUCCAGCUGAGAAAGUUAAUAAUGAUGGAAAAAUAUUCCAUAAUGUUUGUUUCCAAACAUAUAGAAAACAACAACAAAUUGAAUAUAAACAUACAAAACAAGCUGAAUAUUAUAAGAAAGCUGAUGUUGUCCCUGCUUAUUAUCGUGUUGCAGAUAAAGAAUCAGGUGAGCCUUCAAGAAUGACUGCUGGUGUUGAUGAUGAAGCUGAAAGACAAAGAAUUAUUGAUGAAGAAAAUAAAUUUUUACAAAAAGUUGCAGAGCAAAAUACAAAUAAAAAUGUUGCUCAAACUACUGUUUGUGAAUGUGGUCAAUUAGUUGAUAAUAAAAUGAAUUUCUGCCCAUACUGUGGUAAACCAAUGAAAAAAUAA